UCUUGGUAAAUAUAUUUUUUGCAGCCAUCAGACACCCCUUCCCCCACCCCCACCAAAGGUUCAAAAUAGGAGUAACUGAUCGAAUUAGCAGUCUAUGCUCUAUAGGAAAAAGGAACAUGUGUACUUGUUAUCCUGUAUAAAUGACUAAAGGAACCCCCCCCUUUACUUUUUACUAAAUAUUGAGGAGGGAUGGCUCUUGACUGCAUUAAUCAUUAACUCCCCUGAGCAAGCACAACAGUUAACUUGAGCGUACAACUGAGCUAAAGUAAUGGGAGGUACAGUCUGCUGCUAGAUUUAUGAACUGUGAAUGAAAACGACUCCUCAUAUCUAAGGCACUGCCUGGACUGCCAGGUUGAAUCUUCCUCACUUUGCAACUGGCGGUGUCAUCUGCUCUGGUGCAACAUGCUGCCCAGCAUGAAUUCUCUGCUUACACCUACAGUGAUGUUCACCCGCCUGCGCUUUGCGCCCUCUUUAAACAGCUGUGAAGGACUCUUCAGUGUGCAAAACUGUUUGGGUGUUUCAGCCUCCUUGUGGGUGGCACUGUGAAACAAUCCUGUUUCUCCUUGGGCUAUGAUUGCAGCUUUUUGUUCAGCUUUAAAAUGCCCUCAUCUGAAAUUUAGAGACAGGAGAAACUGCAGAAAGUCAUACCAAAGGGACAUCUGAACAAACGCUUCCUCCCAUCCCAUAUGUGCCUUCCCAAUCCUUGAGGUCAUUGGAAGAGGCCCUAUCGUGGGUGCCCCGUCCAUCUAACAGUUGGGAUUUUAAGUGUCCCGUGGGAAACGCUGAUAGAUCCAAAAUACCCGCCAUGGCGUCGCGAAUUGGCUUGCGGAUGCAGCUCAUGCGAGAGCAAGUCCAGCAAGAGGAGCAGCGGGAGCGCAUGCAGCAGCAGGCAAUGAUGCAUUACAUGCAGCAACAGCAGCAGAUGCCAAUGGCUCCAACCCCUGCCAUCAACACACCAGUUCAUUUCCAGUCACCACCGUCUGUGCCGGGAGAAGUCUUAAAGGUUCAGUCCUUCCUGGAGAACCCUACCACAUACCACCUGCAACGGUCACGAGACAAGAAGGUCCAAGAAUUCCUGUCUGAAACCUAUGGGAACAAGUUUGCUCCACUGCUCAGCGCUCCGUCUCCUAAGCCUCCUCCUUCUGUCUCGCCUGGCGUGAGGCCUAGCCAUGUCAUGCCCUCCUCUGCCGGCAACAGCACCCCCAACAGCCCAAUGGCAAUGCUCAACAUUGGCUCCAACCCAGAAAGGGAGAUAGAUGACGUCAUUGAAGACAUAAUGCAGCUGACAACUACUGUGGGGUGCAUUAAUCCAGAAAUUCAUAUGCCAAAUACUCUGCCAUUGUCCAGCAGCCACAUGAAUGUGUAUAGCAGCGAUCUUCAGAUGACACCCUCUGUGGUGGGCAUGACCAGCAGCUCCUGCCCGGCAGAUCUGACGCAGAAGAGAGAGCUCACGGAUGCAGAGAACCGUGCAUUGGCUAAGGAACGCCAGAAGAAGGACAAUCACAAUCUGAUUGAAAGAAGACGAAGGUUCAACAUCAAUGAUCGCAUUAAGGAACUAGGAAUGCUGAUCCCCAAAGCUGGAGACCUGGAUGUGCGCUGGAACAAAGGGACAAUCCUGAAAGCCUCUGUUGAUUACAUCAGGAGGAUGCAGAAAGACUUGCAAAGGUCACGAGAUCUUGAGAAUCAUUCUCGCCACCUGGAAAUGGCAAACAAGCAGCUCUGGCUCCGCAUACAGGAGCUGGAGAUGCAGGCCCGAGUCCAUGGCCUUCCAACUGCUUCACCUUCUGGCUUGAACAUGGCUGAACUCGCUCAGCAAGUUGUGAAGCAAGAAACCCCUGGAGAAGAGGACACAACAGAGAUCCAGCCGCCACCGCAGCCGCCACUCCAUCCUGAGCAGGAGGCUCAGCAGCACCAGCUUCACUUUGCUCCUCCUCAGUCCCCUUACCACCAGCUGGACUUCACUCACGGCCUGAGCUUUGACGACAACUCGAGAGGCUUCCACGACCCUCUGGACCCCAGCCAAAACGUCUCCUUCCCUUCCCUGUCCAAGAAGGAGCUGGACUUGAUGCUGAUGGAGGAUACCAUGCUGCCCAUGGCGUCUGACCCCUUGUUCUCUGCCGUGUCCCCGGAGGCUUCAAAGGCUAGCAGUCGCAGAAGCAGCUUCAGCAUGGAGGACACAGAUAUGCUGUGAUGAGAAGCUUCUAAGGCAGAAAAGACUUGGAGUCAAAAUAUUGUUUGUUUUCUGAAGAUUCGUCCCUCUGCCUUAUCCCUGCAGGCUUACUCAAAGGGCAUAUGAGACUGAACAGAGAUUCUGUUUGUGUGCGCGCAUGGGGUAGGAAAUGCUCCGCACAAAGCUCACCCCAGCUCUUGGAAUGUUACCCCCAAGUUUCUCUUCUGCCUUGAUUUGCCAAACACCCCCACCCCACCCCCAAGCAGCCUUGCCUCCUCUGCCGUGACCACGGGAUGAUCAUGGUUUUCUUAUGGCCCCUUUAUGGCCUUUCAGAUCCCUGCAGGUGUAUCUCAGGGCCAUGUGCCUUUAAUGCUACGUGUCCUGCAGAUCCAGUUUGAGCAUUUAUGCAACAAUGUGAUUUUAGUGUUGACGGCUGGGUGGCAGCUUGUCCUGUUUGAGAAGCAGCUUUAACCAAGGCUUGGUGCUAAUCUCUUUUUCUUCUUGAGGACUAGCACAUCCCUUAAGCCUCACUGUGCCCCCCGUUCCUUUUUAACCACCGCCUUAUGAGAAACUGUUUUUUUCUUAAAGACGGGAUAUAAGUUCGCUAAAUAAAUAAAACUCCUGUCGUCAUGCUGACUCCCAUAUUGGGGCUCCUUUCCUUAUACAGUGGUACCUCUGGUCACAAACGCUUCUGGUUAUGAGGUCCGCUAACCCAGAAGUAGCCGCUCCUGGUUGCUAACUUUGCCCCAGGAUGCGAGCUGAAAUCGCGUGCCGGGGCGCCAUUAGUGAAAGCACGCCUCAGGUUGAAAACUGUUUCCGGUUGUGAACGGACCUCCUGAACGGAUUCCGUUCGUAACCAGAGGUACCACUGUACAGGGCAGGGAUAUCCAGUAGACCCUGCAAGAUAGUGAGGUGCUACCACUUAUCAGUGUGGUGUGAUGGGUGGUGAUUUUGUAUCAAUUCUUUGGAGAGAUGGAAGGAUAAUGUGAUUGCUCUUGCAGAGCUUUUGCUAAAGUCAGAAGCCCAAGUGGGAUAAUGGCAGCCUUAAUUAACUUUUUGACGGCUUUCAAAAUGCACACUCCAUUAGAUUUCGAUUAGACCUUUAGUCUGAGUUGUCCAAAGCUCGGCCUGUUGAUGGCUAAUUUUGGCUUGUGUCCAUCCUCCAUUUUAAUCUUUUUGACUCAUCCUGGGUAGCCACAUGGAGUGCAUGUGUGCACCUCAAUAUAUUUCAAACUAUUUCCAUCAUUCACCUAGCAAAAUGGGUAAGCUGUCUUUCCAUUUAAAACCACUGCUAGCUGCAGCAAAAAAAUCUUGCAAAGUAUCUCCAGCUGCAUGUUUGCUUUCCCACCACCACCCAUGUGUGACUGAGGCCACAGCCCAUCAAUCAACUGGCAGCAGCUCAAUCUGUGGCCCCUUCGUGCUGGAUGCCAUACAUCAGUAACUUUGCUACAAAUGAAUACAUUUUUUUAGAACCUUUCAAAUUCCAUCCAGUGUCCCUAAGCCCUCCUUGUCCCUGAAAGGAGCUCAAAGAAUCUCCUUUGCACCAGUUUGAUUAAGCUUCUUCAGCUAAGCUAGUGCAAACUCUAGUGUGGUUCUGAGCGCAUUUGUUUUAAACUGAUUUUAAUAUUGUAUUUUUAAAUUGCUGUAACCUGCCCUGGGACCUUAUGGCAAAGGGCGAGUAAGAAAUCAAAUUAAUCAUAAUAAUAACAAUACAUACAUACAUUCACUUAUGCCUCUUUAUUUUGGAAUGUAUGUGUCACUCUCCCACUACAUGUGCAAAUGUUUGGUGCGCCUAUUUCCAGUAACAACUGCAAAUCAAAAUGCCAUGAAAAGCUGCUAUUAUUUGUGGCCUGCUACUUUUAAGUGGUUAACACAAGUUGGUAGUUUGCACAUGGACUUAUAUUCGUGGUGGGGAACGCCCCAAGCAUACACAACUCUCCUGAUCUUGCAUUUCCUAUCCUGGACACCCUCUUAUACAAUUCAAAUUAAGAUGGAGACAUUGCAGCAAGGAAUCUUCUCUCCCCCCCCCCAUUGUCAAACAAUGUAUGAAUGAGAAAUUCUAUCAGUUCUGAAGGUGUGUGCCUUGGUUUACUUCACAGCUUUAUUUGAGUUUUUGGCAACUGCUAUCUCCUAGAACUGAUAAGAUCACCAGCUGUUUCUUUUUGCAGCCUAAGUUCUCUGCACCUCACUCUUCCAGGCAGUCUUGGGCAGGUCUCAGAGUAACUACAUUUUAUGCCUACCAUCAGUGCUUCAAUGUCUCAGGGCAUUUUGGUCAGGGCUCAAUAAUCCUUCCAGUCACUUAGGAAUUGUGGUGCUUUGCAGGUCCAGCCCAUUAGUGCCUGACAUUACCUGUCCUUGACCAGCCCCUGGUAGCUGUGGCUGAAUUGUCUGCUCUACACUUCUUCAGCCCCACUGGUAACUCAGGAAGUUCAAAAGAAGCAAGGACCUACUUUCUGACUGCUUGGCACCUUGUAUGUUGCAUCACAUGAAAAUCCUCUAUUGCACUGCGAGCUGCUUCACGUGUACGUUGCACAGAGACUUGGCCUGAUGUUUUUGGCAAGAGCAAUAUGUUUGGUGGUGCUUGAAUGUAAGUAAUCACAGAUGGAUCAAUGUUCAGUGGCCUUAAGGUAGAUUGCUGCCACAGGGCUUGUAAGCAUGGGUCUGAGCACUUUUGCCUUCAUCCCUUUCCCUCGGAAAACCCACUCUUUAACACUAAAUUGGAACAAAUAGCAAUCUGUGGAAGUCCUGGUUGCUGUUUGUUUUGAUUCUGUGCUAAAUCAUGGGUUUUCCCUGGGGGAAAGUGGCAGGGCAAAAGGAGUCAUGGUUGAGCCUCUAGUGUCACCAAGCCUGUGAAGUUAGGAGACUUUGGCUCUAACUGAAUUUCAGUUCCUUGGUUAAGUUGCUCUGUGUGUGAUAGAGAUAUUUUGGAGAAGCAAGUGGAAAAAUCUAGUCACAUGAGGACAGGGACAUUUUGUGUUUGUGAGCCUGGAGAAGUGUCAAGUGAUACUGUUUGGAUUAUUACAUUUAGCUUCUUAAGUCUGCUCUAGUCUUUUUGGACUUGCAGUGUGCAUGCCUUAACGGUAUCUAGAAUCUGCUUCUCAUUUUGGAUGUAUGGAGAAAGGAAGCUCUGACUUCUCAGAAUGCUUAUUGACAUAUUUAGAGAGCCCAUGGUUCAGUGGAAGAGCUUGUGCUCUACAUGCAAAAGAUCCCAAAAGGGUCAAGUAGGAGGUGAUGCAAGAGACCUCUGCUUGAGAACUUGAAGAGCCUCCUGCUAGUCAGAGCAGACAAGACUUGAGCUAGAUGGACCCAAGUAUCUGACCUGGUUAUAUGACAACUUCCUCUAUUAAACAACUGAGGAAAAACCCGAACGAAAGGGAACUAACUUUAGCAUUUCAGGUAACAGCUUCCUUUUUCUCUGAAACAUUUUUUUUGGGUAGAGAUUUCAAUUCCAUAACCAUGAGCCAUCUGCCAAAGAGCCAUCAGCAGAUUCCUUUCAGACAAAGCAGUGCCUUCAGUCUCCUGUGCUUCUGUAGUUUUGUAGGGUCUUUCUGCACAAUCGGUCAAACAAAGUCCUAGCUGUAUAUUUAGCUAUUUAUGAUGCUCUUGCAAGUCCUCCCCACUCACCUUCUUACAAUGUUCCAUCUGCACACUCUAGAAAUGAGGGAGGUAGACGUAUGUAGGAGAGGGAAAGGACACAACAUCCAAAGAUUAUUUUUUUAAAAACUCAGCUAAACAAAAUAAUGGUGUGUAGCCUUUCUGGGAUUUGCUACUUUUUUAAAAAAUGGCUAGAUGACUACUCAAUUGCUGGAGCUGUACAGCAAGGGAUUGUACAGCCUUCAAAGAGUGAAAAUAAUAAACAACCCAAAAAUUCACAAAUUGGUAUCUGCUUGGAGGGAGAGUAAAUCACUAGUCAGUCAUCAAUUAUCCAGUAGAAGCAUGUGACAUGCUUGCAAGCAAAUUCCAUGCAGCAGUCACAUAAUCAGCAGAUGCGCUGUUGAGGGAAGGUGGUACUUCUUUCUCCGAGCUACCUGCUGAAUUUUAUCUGCAGCAAAAUUCAGGUGGGGAGAAUGUGACUCUGCCUCCAGCAGACUGGAAUAUUUUAAAAAUGAGGAAUUUGGUAAAACCACUUAGACAACUCAGCUCCAAGUUCACCCAGGGCUUGUUUUAGUGUUUUCAGUGCCACAGCAAUGAGCAUUUGUAUCACUGAGGUAUCUGUAUUCUGAAAACAUUGCAAUCCUUUUGUGACAAAGCACCUUCUGUAAACGCAUGCAGUGUCACAGUUUUGUGACACAGUAACCCAUUUAAAACUGAUCUGAUUGUUUUCCAAUUCACUUCUGUUGCUUCUCAGUCAGAAGAACAGAAGAUUUAAGGCUAUGUGAACAUCUGGGCAAGAAAACAGCGAAUCAGAACUGAGCAGAUUUUCAUCAACAGAUCAUGUAGGACAGUGGUUCCCAAUUACCCAAAUACUAUGGAUCCCCUACUUUGAAAUUUUUAAUAUCUCUGUGGUAGUUUUUGUUAUGUGGUUAGUGCUACAGAGCCCUGCAUGGGUUAUGUGGACUCCCUGGGGUCUGUGGACCACCAAUUGGCAACCACUGAUGUAGGAGAUGCACUUUCCUCUGCCCACAGCAACCACAGCCUUACAAGGUUACAUUAGUAUCAUGGUACACAUCUUGGAAGAUGCUUUGUGACAUAAUUGCAACCAACACAAUUCUGUCUUCUUCCUACAAAUGCAAUGCUAUUUUAUUUUCCUCCGUUUAAAUGUAUUUUUCUUCAAAGGUCUAGCAGUGGAACAAGCACAUUUCCCUACCCCCACCCCACUAUUUUUUUUUUAAAAUCAUUCCCCACAGUAAGACAACUUCUCCUGCUUUGCCCAUAAAGGGGGAUAGGGAUGAUAAUUCCUAGUGGUGCUGGACUAGGGCUUGUGCUGCUUUUGGUAAUUAGCAAGUACUGAUUUAGUCAUCCAGAAGAACAUACCUAGAAAUGCAGCCAUGUGAGACCAAAACCAAUCGGACUUGAUUUUGCACCAUAGUGCAUUUUGCAAAGUUGGAAUAUUUUUAUCAUAAAAUAUAUAUUCGGCAGAUUUCCUAAAGAGGAAUUUGGUAGAACCAAGGAUGGUCUGGAUGACAACCUAGGGCAGCCUUCAUUAACCUGGUGCUCUCCAGAUGUUUUGGAUCCCAGUUCCCAGCCAGCCAGCAUGGCUGUGCUAGUUGGGGCUGCUGGGAGUUAUAGUCCAAAACACCAGGUUAGGGAAGACUGGCCUAGACUUUCAUGAAGAACCCCCCCCCCUUUCCAUUCUUUGCUAACAUAUGUACAGUGGUUCCAUAACUCUUGGUUUAUUUCAAGUGUCUGUGGAAGGAUAGCGGGCAUUAGACGUAGGCCCUUUGAGACACAGUUUGUACACUGUUGGACUAGGAAGUAUUGUGAACUCCUGCCAAAGGCCAAUGGGUAUGCAAGCUGUGUUAUCGGCAGUAAAAUGUAUGGCAACUUGAAUGCAAGCGUUCAGUGCAUGUUGUGAGUUUGAGGGGGAAUUUUGAAAAUGCUGGUGAUAUUAGAAACCCUGGAGGCAAAAGGAGAGCAUAAGGUUGGGUUGGUGCUUUACAAUCAAUUGUAAACGUAUUAAGCAUGUAAUAAUAUGUAUUAAGAAAAAGCUUCCGUUUGUACAAAACUAUAUUGGAAGGAUCUGCAGCAGUUAUAGUGCAGAUACCUGGAAAAGACUGAGUGGGGGAGGAAUAGAGAAAAUGACUUAUUGGAAGGUUCUUUCUCAAUUCAUUAUAUUACAUGUUAGAACUCUCAUGUUCAUGAAGUGCUUCUGCAGAGACAGAAUGCGGUUAUUACAUGCAUUAUGCAGUGUGCUUGAUUUACAAGAUAUAGGUAUAGGAUGUGAAUGUAAUAUUUGUUCAAAAAGCCUGUGGUUUUCAGCCUCUUUUCUUCUCAGGAUUUUAAACUAUGGCAUAUUUGUAUUUCUUCCUUAUCUGGGACAGAAAAAUCAUGUUAUCUGCAAAACUAGAGUUUAAAAAAAACCCCAAACCCAGUCUAACAGCACAAUCCUGAG